AUGGUCAAUCUUCGUGUUCAAAGACGUCUGGCUGCUUCCGUCCUUGGUGUUGGCAAGCGCAAGGUUUGGCUCGACCCCGCCGAGCAGACCGACAUUGCCAACGCAAACUCGCGUGCGAAUGUCCGCAAAUUGAUUAAGGAUGGUCAGAUCAUCCGUAAGCCUGUUGUUUCGCACUCGCGUGAGCGCACCCGCAGGCUUCAUGUUGCUAAGCGCCUUGGUCGCCACACUGGUCCCGGUAAGCGGAAGGGUACCGCAAACGCUCGUUUCCCUACCAAAGUGCAGUGGAUGCGCCGUCAGCGUGUGCUGCGUCGCCUGCUCCGAAAGUACCGUGAGUCUGGCAAGAUUGACAAGCACUUGUACCACGAGCUCUACCUCAAGUCGAAGGGUAAUGUUUUCAAGAACAAGCGUGUCCUUAUGGAGCACAUCCACAAGGCCAAGGCCGAGAACCUCCGGUCCAAGCAUCUUGCCGAACAGAUGGAGGCCCGCCGUCUCCGCAACAGGACGUUGCGCGAGCGCCGCGCCCAGCGUGUUGCCGAGAAGCGUGCUGCUAUCAUCGCCAUCGAGCACGAGACGGAGGAGAAGCAGUAG